AUGGAGGAGCAGCAGGAGGAGGAGGAGGAGGAGGAGGAGGAGGAGGAGGAGGAGGAGGAGAAGGAAGGGGGGGGCCUGGACGCAAUCCGCUACGCCGGCGGUGUAAAUUCGCUAGAUAAUUUCGCCCGCUCUUGGACCCGUGCCGCCGGCUACUUUGAGAUCGCACCAUCUCGCCAGCCAGUCGUCGCUGUACCUGGCUCAAGCCGCGACGAAGAAUCCCCGGAAGAUAGCUCUGCCAUUGACGAUGAUUACGAGGAGUACCAUUCUGAUGCGACAACUACACGCGGACGCGGGCGCAUUGAUGGCGCAGCGAGUAGUUUUGGCUCUUACGGGAGCUUUACAAGCCCAUUGAGUCGGUAUGGGACAAUGGACUCGUUACCGCAGACGGGAUUGCCGAUAGGACGUCUAGGCGGUGCAGUCAGGCAUGUGCCAGAAGUGCAGGAUUUGCCGGCGAGUAACAUUGGAGUUGUUCCGGCGGAUAAAGAGAGGGAGCCCUUGUUGGUGAAGGCAGUAGUGACGGAAGAAGGGAAGGUAGAGCAUGUUAUCGUGGGGCAGAGCACACUUCCGCAGACGGUAUUUAAUAGCGUUAACGUGCUUAUUGGGAUUGGGCUAUUGAGCUUGCCGCUUGGAUUGCGCUAUAGUGGAUGGUUGAUUGGAAUAAUCUUCAUUCUCUUCUCCGCCGGCGUGACAAAGUACACCGCUAAGCUUCUUGCACGCUGCCUCGAUAAAUCAACCAACCCCCAUCUUGUCACAUACUCCGACAUUGCCUACAUCGCGUUCGGUCACAAGUCGCGGGUAUGCGUAUCGGUCCUGUUCUCGCUUGAGCUCAUGGCGGCCUGCGUUGCGCUUGUCGUCCUGUUCGCGGAUUCACUCCAUGGGUUGUUCCCGCAGAUUGACAAGUUGCAAUGGAAGAUAAUUGCAGGGGUUGUUUUGACACCGUUGAGCUUUCUACCUCUUCGGGUGUUGAGCUUUAGCUCCAUCCUGGGGAUUGUUAGCACGUUUAGUAUUGCGAUGAUUGUCUUUAUCGACGGUUGGAUCAAGCCUGAAGCACCGGGAUCUUUGCGCGACCCUAUGCCAACAUACCUCUUCCCUCAAUCAUGGUGGACUGUGCCGCUGUCGUUUGGACUGCUCAUGUCGCCCUGGGGAGGUCACUCUGUGUUUCCGAACAUCUACAAGGACAUGCGACACCCCAAGAAGUACAACAAGGCAGUGGACAUCACCUACGGGUUUACUUUCUUCCUUGACAUGGCACUCGCGAUCACCGGAAUCCUCAUGUUCGGCGAUGGCGCAGCGGACGAAAUCACGUACAACAUCCUCGCGCUCGACGGGUACCCCAAGGGACUGAGCGUGGCCAUGGUAGUCUUCAUUGCCAUGAUCCCGCUCACAAAAACACCGCUGAACUCUCGCCCGAUCAUCACGACGAUUGAGAUCAUGCUCGGUGUUGAUCCCCGUGCCCUGCCUGAAGGUCAGAGGAUGACCCCGUUCAACGAGGGUAUCAUGAAGAUUGUCAUCAGAAUUAUGGUCAAUAUUGUGUUUGUCAUCGUUGCGAUACAGUUCCCGUCGUUCGACAGGAUCAUGGCGUUCUUGGGAAGCUUCCUGUGCUUCACCAUCUGCGUGAUUCUGCCGCUCCUCUUCUACCUCAAGAUCUGCGCCGCCGAGAUCUCGCGCAAGGAGAGGAUCUCGUGCUGGGUGUUGCUGGUCGUGAGUACUAUAUUUGCGGCGAUUGGAACCGUCGCAGCGUUUGUGCCGAAGGAGAGCCUCGGGCUGGGUGUUGCUGUAUGA